UCUGUGUUGGGUGCUUGUAGUUGCAGCAGUUAACUGAAACUUGAACAAGGAAAAUGCGGCGCAGUAUGGUAUCUGGUGGCCAUAUCCUUACAGCCUCCUCUCUGGUGGGAACCGGCAAUGCAUUCCAGAAUCAGUGCCUAGCCAAGGUAGAAGUUCAGUCUAACCUUCUGCCUCCAAGAGUUUCUCAAAGAACUGUGCUGGGAGUGAUAAGUGACAAUGACCAGCAAAAAAGAUCAGUUGGACAGGGUGGGGCCCCUGCAAAGUGUCUGCCUGGAAUUGAAAAUGUGCUUCCUUUCGCUGGAAAAAUCCUGCCAACAAACCCAGCACUUGUGGCUCCAAAGCCAAUCUUUACAGUGUAUGUGGAUGAGCCAGAGGAGCCAACAGAAACCUAUUCGAUUGAAGAGGAUUGUCCCACUCUGGAUGAAGUAGAUUCAAAUAUCGUGAAGCAGAACAUCCAUCUGCUCUUGGAUCUCAGUGCAGCUUCUCCGAUGGUGGUGGACACCUCUCUCCAGGCAAGCCCAGAAGAUGACUCCAUAACAGAUCCAGAUGCUGUAGCUGUGUCAGAAUAUAUAGAUGAGAUACAUCAGUACCUUAGAGAGGCUGAGUUGAAACACAGACCAAAGGCUUAUUACAUGCGUAAGCAGCCAGACAUUACUUCAGCAAUGCGCACAAUCCUCGUGGACUGGCUAACAGAAGUUGGUGAGGAAUACAAGCUCCGUACUGAGACUCUGUAUCUGGCUGUAAAUUAUUUGGACCGCUUCCUGUCAUGCAUGUCUGUACUCCGGGGGAAACUGCAGCUUGUAGGCACAGCCGCUAUCUUAUUGGCAUCAAAAUAUGAAGAAAUCUACCCUCCUGAUGUUGAUGAAUUUGUGUACAUAACUGAUGAUACAUACUCAAAGAAACAGCUGCUGCGCAUGGAACACCUUCUGCUGAAGGUUCUGGCCUUUGACCUUACUGUACCUACAAUCAGCCAGUUCCUGCUUCAGUACCUGCAGAGACGUGCAGUCAGUGUGAAGACUGAGCACCUUGCAAUGUACCUGGCAGAACUAAGUCUGCUUGACGUGGAGCCGUUCUUGAAGUAUGUUCCUUCAAUCACAGCUGCUGCAGCCUAUUGUCUUGCCAAUUAUGCACUCAACAAAGUGUUCUGGCCUGAAACACUGGAAACCUUCACCGGCUACACACUGAGUGAAAUAACACCUUGCCUAAGUGAUCUGCACCAAGCCUCUCUCCGUGCCCCUUUUCAGGCUCAGCAAGCAAUAAGGGAGAAGUACAAGACCCCCAAAUAUAUGCAAGUCUCUCUACUGGAGAUGCCAGCAGUACUUCCCCUGAACUGAAGCCUUCAGAGUGGAUACACACAGCACUUACCUCACGAUCAACAGUGUUGGUCUUAUUUUUUUUUUUAUGAAGACACUGCAGGCCAAGUGUCCAAUGGAGCCGUUUUAUUUAUUAACAUGUAUACUGAGACUCCUGUGCUUUUAUGAAAUAGACUUUUUAUUCUGUGUAAACUAAAGGACUUAUAUUAUAGACAAGCCUUGGAUAUUGGGCAGGCACAAUGUCUCUUGCUGUGGGAACUAGUCAUGUGGACAUCUGGCUAAUAAACAAGUGGAUGUACUAAAACUGAACCCCAGUGGGCACAGCAGACAUGCACUGGCUAACCACAGUACUCAAAGACUUAGAUAAUCCUGACUUCCUACAGUCAAGCUGCUCAAGGAAAUGGCUUUUUAUGAAUGUCAACACUGAAUAAGAGCGUCAUUAUCCAGGUUCUUUAACUUGUGAUGGUGUCAAGUGUUUUUAAUAAAAUUGAUUUACUCCU